UUCCCCAUAGCGAUGAGAUGAGAGAGUUGCAGGUUUCUCUUUCUCCGUCCGGGUCCAUGUUGGAGUUCAUCUGUUCUGCUGGGUCAUUUCAGGCCACGUCUGUCCGAUAACAGGAGUAAUCGCGGUCAUUACAGGGAUAUCAACAGCCACUUGUACUGGACAUAUACACGUACUGUGUCGCAGAUUCGAGGCAAGCAAAGCUGACAUGACUUAACCACAUACUGUUGCCCUUCUAACUGGCUGUCCUGGAAGGUGUAAUGGUUGAUGAGCCUAGUUGGAUGAGUGAAAUGUCACUCAGGCAGGCUGAGAUGCAUGCAGAGACCGUUGGAUCAUCAGACUGGAAUGACAAGUGGAGUUGUGUGUCGUCUGCGUAGCAGUGGUAGGAGAAGUCAUGUUUCCGAAUGACAGAACCUAGGAAUGGAGAAGAGGUCCAAGCACUGAGCCUUGAGGUACCCUCAGUAUAGAGGCAUUGGGAUGUCACCUAUCCAGGAUACUCUAAAUGACCUACCUGUGAGGUAAAGGAAUGAAUGAACACUGUCUUCAAAUCUACUCGAGGAAUCGCACUGGUCAAGGAAUGGAUGACCGCUGAUGGCAGACCUACAUUCAGGAAUCUCACUUAUCAAGGGUACAUACCAAGUUACCUGGACAAGGAUGAGCUGUGUGUUGUGUGUGGGGACAAAGCAACCGGCUAUCAUUACCGCUGCAUUACCUGUGAGGGCUGCAAAGGUUUUUUCCGGCGUACAAUUCAGAAGAACUUAAACCCGACAUACGCUUGCAAGUAUGAAGGAAAAUGCGCCAUCGACAAAGUCACGCGGAAUCAGUGCCAGGAAUGUCGCUUCAAGAAAUGCAUUGCUGUCGGCAUGGCAACAGACUUGGUAUUGGAUGACAGCAAGCGUCUAGCCAAACGGAAGCUGAUCGAAGAGAACCGGGAGCGGCGGAAGCGCGAAGAACUGCAGAAGACGGUGUGGGACAGGCCAGAGCCCACGCAGGAGGAAUGGGAGCUGAUCCGUGUCGUCACAGAAGCCCACAUGGCCACGAACGCCCAGGGCAACCACUGGAAACAGAAACGCAAAUUCCUGGUCGAGGAAACAAUGCUACUUAAUGAAAUAACAUGUAAUUUAUUCUGUACCUCUGACCAGAGUGCAGUGGGGGUGAAGGAGGCCAAGCCGGAGGACAUUGGUUCGGCACCCAUCGUCAACGCGCCCGAAGGAAGCAAAGUGGACAUCGAAGCCUUCAGUCAGUUUACAAAAAUUAUCACCCCCGCCAUCACUCGUGUCGUGGACUUUGCCAAAAAGCUGCCUAUGUUCUGUGAGCUGCCAUGCGAGGAUCAGAUCAUCUUGCUGAAGGGCUGCUGCAUGGAAAUCAUGUCUUUACGAGCAGCUGUACGUUAUGAUCCCGAGAGCGAGACUCUGACGCUCAACGGCGAGAUGGCCGUCACACGUGGCCAGCUCAAGAACGGGGGUCUGGGCGUGGUCUCGGAUGCCAUCUUUGAUCUGGGUGUCUCGCUGUCCUCUUUUAACCUGGAUGAUUCGGAGGUGGCUUUGCUACAAGCCGUCAUUCUGCUGUCUUCUGAUCGUCCAGGUUUAACGAGCGUUGAACGCAUUGAACGCUGUCAGGAGGAGUUCCUCUUAGCCUUUGAACAUUACGUCAACUACCGCAAGCACAAGGUGGCCCACUUCUGGCCCAAGCUGCUGAUGAAGGUGACAGACCUGCGCAUGAUUGGCGCCUGCCAUGCCAGCCGCUUCCUGCACAUGAAGGUGGAAUGUCCAACAGAGCUCUUUCCGCCCCUCUUCCUGGAAGUAUUCGAGGACUGAUGGCCAGCCAAUCAAGCCAAGCUGCUCCAACCUCCCCUCAGACUGCCCUGUUUCUGGUCACAUGGCUCUUUUUA